AUGAAUUAAUUUGCCAAUUACAUGUAAUAUUAGACUAAAAGAGUAGUCUCUGUUUAUCAGCAAUAAUGCUAUAGUAAGUCUCCUCAAGAAAGAAAAUGUUUAGUUGUUAAUUAAUAAUUAAGUCCAAAUUAAUAAAAAUAUAUGAAAUAGUUCAAGUGCAUUGAUCAAUAUAAAUAUUAACAACCAAAAGCAAUUAUAUAUCCAUCUAAAGGUAUGUCACCCACUAAUAAAUAACCACUUAUAGCUACUAAAUUAAGAAUUUAAGAUAAAGAAAAUAAUAAUCAUAAUCAUUAUUAUAAUGCAAAUAUUAUAUUCUAACCAUGUAAAACUCCUAGGGAUCCUUAAAAAUCUUAAUUGUUUUCUCAAUAGAAUUCACCUAAUAUUAAAUAACCCACUCCUUAAUUUGAAAAUCGUUAUGAUUACGAAGAGAAAAAUCAAGAAUUCAGAUUAUCAAAUUCGUAAAUCAAUUUCAGAUUUGUAGAUUCAGAAUAACAUACAUUUGAUGAAUAAUAACUUAAAAAUAUAGCAAAUUAAUUAAAUAAAAUUGAAAUUGGAUUAAAAGAACCAGAGAUGUCUCCAAAAUCAAUUAAAUCUGAUGAAUUCUUAGUAUAGAUGGAUUCAGUAAAGAAAUCUGAUUAUUCUAAUAAAUCGAAUAAAAAAAAUGUUUGUAUUUAAGCUUUUGAAAGUACUUAAUUUGAAAAACCUGAGGAAUAGUUAGGUAAAAUUUUUGGAUCUUUGAAAAAGCUUAAGAUCAUAAAAAAGAAAUAAACUCAACCUACUCUAUAAACUUAGGUUACUCAAAAAACAAUGGAAGAUGAUAGCAUGAUGAAAUUGGAUACAUAAUAGGAUUAAUAAGCUAAAACAAUUAGUGGAUUAUCUAAUAUAGAUUUUUAGAGUGAAAAGUUUCAAACAGAAAUAACUGAACUUGUAUUAUAUAUUUAUAAUAAAGGAUUCACAUAGAAUUAGAAAUCAUUAAGUUGAAGAACAUGACUAAUUUAUGAAUUUUAGAUAAAAUAUUGCAACCCCAAAAUAAUUAACAUAAAAUAAUAUUAGUAGUUUUAUUAUAAAUAAAUUUAGGUUUUCUGAUGUAUAAAAAAUAAUUUGAGAAAAAGCCAUGA